CAUUAUACUACUCAAACUGGACUGGGAAGUAUAAUGGACAACAAGACAUGGCUUUGGAGGAAGAAAUCUUCAGAGAAGACCAGUGCCCCAGCUGACCAAAACAUACACAACUCUGCAAAAGGAAAUGAAGAAGAGACACUUUUGACCGAGAAAGCCAAAUUGGAGAAAGACAUGAAAGUUUUAAAUGAUAAGCUUUCUUCAGCUCUCUCUGAAUGUGAAGACAAGGAUGAACUUGAAAAGAAACAUUCAAAGAUGGCCCAGGAAGCAAUUUUGGGCUGGGAGAAGGCAGAAGCAGACAUGGUGUCUCUUAAGGGAGAAUUAGAUGAAGCUUUGCAGCAGAGAGUAGCUAGUGAAGAAAGAUCAGCUCAUUUGGAUGUGGCGCUUGGGGAAUAUAUGCAACAGCUACGUUUUGUUCGAGAAGAGCAGGAGAAAAGAAUUCAUGAUGCUGUUAUGAAGACAUCGAGAGAAUUCGAAAAAUCCCAGAUGGUUUUAGAGGAGAAGUUAGCAGAGACCACUAAGAGGCUUGCCAAAAUAGGUGUUGAAAACUCUCAUCUUAGCAAUUCUCUCUUAGUGAAGGAAAAGUUGAUAGAAGAAGUUAAGAAACAGUUGACUCAGAUGGAGACAGAUUUUAGUGCACUAAUGACUAGAUUACAAUCCACAGAGAAAGAUAAUGCUUCUCUGAAGUAUGAGGUUCGAGUGCUUGAGAAGGAGCUUGAGAUUCGAAAUGAGGAGAGAGGAUUUAAUCGCCAAACAGCUGACGCAUCACACAAGCAACACUUAGAGAGUGUGAAGAAAAUUGCAAAGUUAGAGUCAGAGUGUCAAAGGUUACGUCUCUUAGUCAGGAAGCGACUGCCAGGACCUGUUGCUUUGGCAAAAAUGAAAAGUGAAGCUGAAAUGCUGGAAAGGGAUUCAGUUGAAAUGAGGAGGGGAAAUUUAAAUACAACUGCUUUCAAGGUUGACUCUGCAGUUGACUUGUCUCCUGAGAAUCCUACUAAAAGGAUCAGCAUUAUGACUGAGCAAUUAUCUAGUAUUGAAGAAGCAAAUAAGAAUCUCUUGGAAACCCUUCACAAAAAAACAAAUGAACUACAAUUUUCAAGGGAAAUGUAUGCUCACACAGCGUCCAAAUUAUCACAAGUUAAAUUGCAGCUUGAAGAAGUGUCAAAAGGUCAGAACAUUGUGGAGCCAACAAAAAUUGCUCCUGUGUCACAUGAUCCCUGUCUGGCAUCAAUAUCUAACAUUUGUAGUAAUGACAAGGCUAGAUGUGCUGAAUCAUGGGCCUCUGCUUUGACUACAGAACUGGAACAUUUUAGAAAUCGAAAGCAAAAAGGUUUACCAUCAUCCAAAACAGUUGGAACUUCCGAAAUUAACCUAAUGGAUGACUUUGUUGAAAUGGAAAGAUUAGCAUUAGUCACUGUUGAUAAACCACUUCGGAGUUCUCAGUUUUCUUCACAUGAAGCUAAUGCAAUUUCUAGCCCCUUGGAAAUGGAACUAAACCAGAGCUCCUCUGAGUUAAUGGGAGGGGAGAUAAUACCAUUACCCAACUCUGAAUCAGGCUUCAGUAUGUCAAAACAGGAAAUCAGAUCCAAAGAUACAUUUAUUAGCAAAGUUCCUGAUUGGCAUCGGGAUACACCGAAAAUGGGCUUGGAGCAAAACCAUGUCACACACACAAACCCAGAUGAAUUACUUGAGGAUAUUAGAGCAGCUUUGGCACAUAUCAAUCCUCCAAACCACAUUGAUGUAGUUGAUGCAUCUAAUGCCACACUCAUAAACGGCUACAUCUUGGGGAAACCAUCAAAUAAAUCUUUAGUGAUGGAUUCAUCUGAUGGUGGUGUCUCGUUGACAGAAAAGACACACACGCAGUUGCAGUUAAAUCUUAGCAAGUCAAUAGGAAAAAUAAUUGAGCUUAUUGAAGGGAUUGGUCUGCCAUCUCUGGACUACAAUAAUCCUGAGACCUUGGCCAGAAAGGAUGAAAAUAUGAUCACAUACAAGAAUUCAGAAAUACCUGCAGGGUACAUGGUCCGGGUUUUCCAGUGGAAAACUUCUGAACUCAGUGCUGUUUUACAGCAAUUUGUUCGUACUUGUGAUGAUCUGUUGAAUGGAAAGGCAAAUAUAGACAAAUUUGCCCAAGAAUUAACUACUGCUUUAGACUGGAUUAUGAAGCAUUGCUUUUCCCCACAAGAUGUUUCAAACAUGAAGGAGGCGAUUAUCAAGAAUUUUGAUUGGGAUAAAUCAAGAAGCGAGAGUGAAGCAGAAGUUGGAAUGAUCGGUCAUUUUUCUGAAGCAGGACGUGUUCCAAGAGAACAAUUAUCAUAUUUUCUGAUGACUGCCACUUCGAGUGGAAAUUGUCUUCAGAUGGAAGAACUUCAGUCUACUCUGAUGGAAGAAAAUAGGAAAUCUAGAGGUGAAUUGAUGAAUUUGAAAUCUGCAAAGAAAGACUUGGGAGGAAGGCUUCAGUCAGCUACUGAUAAGAGGGAACCCCUGAUGAAUCAGCUCCUCAAAUCUGAGAAAACCAUUACGUGCUUGCAAACAGAGUUCGAAACCCUAAAAGAAUCAAAAGGAAAAACUGAGACUCAAAUCAAAAGUCAGAAGUUGAUGAAUGAAGAUCCUUAUAGGCAGCUUACAGUGGCCGGAGUGGAAUUAAAUGAAGCUAAGGAGACGUUUUCAUCCUUAGAAGUGGAGGUGGAUGAUAAAAAUAACUGUUGUGAAGAAUUAGAGGCCACAUGCCUUGAACAGCAGCUCCAUUUUGGGAGCAUUACAAAGAAGGAAAGCAACAACAAUGACCUCAAUCUGGAAGAGAAGCAUUUUCGGGCUGAUUGGGAGAUUACAGCUGCUUCAGAAAAGUUGGCAGAGUGCCAGGAGACCAUCCUCAACCUUGGAAAGCAGUUGAAAGCAUUGGCUGCCCCAAAGGAAGCAAUCCUUUUUGACGAGGUCAUAGCUACCCCCACUGACACAGUUACCGCCACCACAGUUACAACGCCAUCCCCUCCCAAGGACAAAAUCAUGUACCAGCAAUCCUCUCUACUAGAUCAGUUGCUGGCAGAGGAUGGUGCUAAAGCUCCGAAGAUCAAACAAAUAAAUGGCAAUUGCACUGGGAAAGUUAACGAGAUUAUUGUUUUAAAUGGGAUAAAACACAAGGAUGAGAAUGGUUCAGCUAGUUCUCUGGCUAUUGUGCCUAGAAAGAAACGAGGAGGUCGCAGUUUGUGGAGAAAGCUGUUAUGGAGAAAGAAGAACGCUAAUAUGAAGAAACCACCUCUCCUCUGUGCCCCGUGACAAACAUCAUAUGGCAAUCAUGCAGUGAUGGCAGGCUUAUUGCUCAGGGUUUCUUCUCUGUUUUCUUUUUAAAGUUGUUUGGUUUGUUGGGGGUGAAAGUGGGAGAUAACAAGUCUUGGUUUUAUUAGUCGUGUCACAGAGAGAGAGAGAGAGUGUUUUGCUAGUGAAUAUACUGUAUGUAGAGAUUGACUUUCGGUUUAUGCCUAAAGACAAUAAAUAGAAGAAAUUGGAAGGCAUGUUUGGAUGUUUGUAGAAUCUUAAAAUUUUGUGAAUAUUAAUAAAAUGGUUUGAGUGAA